AUGAAUGCAGACAGACUGGCAGAGACCAUUGAGGAUUUGGGCUAUGACGUUGAAUCGGUACGGCUACGACGCACUGACGAACCUCAAAGCGAAGAAGAAGAAGAAGAAGAACAAAAUGGAAUCGCCAUUGAAAUCAAGACUGUUUCUCUGUCCAUUAGCGGCAUGACCUGCUCGCAUUGUACCCGAUCUGUAACGCAUGCACUCCAAAGUUUACCAGGGGUCGUGGGCGAAUCGGUUCAGGUCGACCUCGGCAAGCGGACGGCGGCAUUCUCUUACCAUGGCGACGAUAUUACAACCGAACUCAUUGUUCAGACUGUCGAAGAUCUCGGUUACGACGUCGUAGGCAGACCCCGAUUUGGCAAGAGUGUCGGCAUGCCGCCAGUGACAGCAGCAUCAGUCGAAGAAGGAGGCGCAUCGAAUCCAGCUGGGCUACGCAAAGUCGUCAUGCGUGUGCUCGGCAUGACGUGCCAAAGUUGUGUGGCAGCAGUAACGCAUGCGCUCGAAUUUGGGGUGCCCAAUAUCCAGCGUGGAUCAAUUCGAGUGGAUUUGGAAACAGAAAUGGCCAUGUUUAUUUGCAAGGACCCUGACGCAGCUCUCAUUCGGCAGGUUGUCGAAGAUCGCGGUUAUGAUUUGGAGAACAUUCAAAUUAUACAUAAUCUUGUCCAGCCUGCAGUAAUUGCUGCAGCUACACAAGAAACGGCAUCGAGAAGAACUAGAAGCAUCACCAGUGACUCUGUGGUUUCGCUGGGCGCUAUUACUGUUGAAACGCCGGUCAUUGCAGUUCCCAAAAAGGUGACCAUGCAGAUUUCUGGCAUGACUUGUGCAAGUUGUGUUCGAACGAUUGAACAAGGUCUCGCUGCUCUUCCAAGCGUUACUAGCGACUCGGUUAAGGUCAAUCUGCUUACUGGUGGUGGAUCGUUUGAAGUACAAGGCGACGUCCUCAAUGAAACACAAAUUAUCAAUGCAAUCACUCGGAUGGGCUACUCUGCCAGCAAUGUCUCGAUCCUCGCUGAACAACAAACAGCCUCGACACCUGCAACAUAUCAAGUUGAUAUGAUUGUCAGCGGCAUGUACUGCAUGAAUUGUGUCGACAAAGUCCGCCAAGCCCUCUCAGAAUUGCCAGGUAGUCGAUCCGAUACUGUCAAGGUCAACCUCGAAUCCGGUCGAACAAGCUUCCAAUACUCAAGCCACGCACUUUCGCGCAAGCGCAUCACGGACACGAUCAUGCAACUUGGUUUCAUGGCGGACAGCGUCGACAUUGCCAAGAUUUUCUCCGGUGAGGACGAGCGCAGCGACGAGGAAAAGGCGAAAAAUAAUAUGGCUGUUACCCGACUCUCGGUCACCGGUAUGACGUGCAGUUCCUGUGUAGCCAACAUUGAAAGGGCCAUGAUGAAGCAAUCCGGUGUCUCCAGCUGUCAGGUGAACCUGCUCGCCAAAUCUGCUGUUAUUCACCACAAUCCAUCCGUCGUUGGCGCCCGUGCACUCUCCAACAUGAUUGAGCAGCUUGGAUACAAGGCUGAGCCACAAACUGAUAAUGCAACAAAUGCUCUUAACGACCAACGUGAAGCCAUGCGCGCAACAAUGCAGAAGGAAAUGGAUCUAUUAAAGCGACGAUUCCUAUGGUCCCUUCUGUUUGCUAUUCCCAUUAUCAUUAUCGAUAUGAUCUUUAUGAUGGCGCUUCCGGAGCACAACCCAGUUAGAAUGGCGUUCAUGAAGUCAAUUGUUCCCGGUCUAUCUAUUGCUGACUUGAUCUCGUUCCUAUUGGCCACACCAGUUCAGUUCCUCCUUGGAUGGCCAUUUUAUGUCAAGUCGUAUCGUUCGCUUCGUUAUGCUCGUACGGCUAAUAUGGAGACACUGGUUGCUAUGGGAACAAGUGUGGCUUAUGCAGCAUCUGUGGGCAGAAUCAUUGCUGCAAUCAUCAAGCAAGAAGAAGAUCACAGCAUGAAUUUCUUCGAAACUGCUGUAUUGUUGAUCACUUUCAUCCACUUGGGCAAGUGGCUUGAGGCUCUGGCCAAAGGCAAGACGGCAGAGACGAUUACCAAGCUCAUGGAUCUGCAACCCGAUAAGGCGAUCUUGAAGAAUGUCAAUGUUAUUGAAUAUGAGCAUGUCCAAGAAGUAAUGGCCGAACGAGAAAUAGAUAUUAAGGAAAUUCAAGUGGGUGAUAUCCUCAAGGUGAAUGCCGGCGCACGUAUUCCCUGUGAUGGCAAAAUAUGGCGAGGCGCUACCAGCACGGAUGAAUCGAUGAUAACCGGUGAAUCGGUUCCUGUAUCCAAAAAGGAAUCUGACGACGUUAUCACAGCUACCAUUAACUUGACUUCAUCCAUCUACAUUCGCGCCAUCCGGGUUGGCUCUGAUACAACGCUAUCUCGGAUUAUCCAACUUGUUCAAGAUGCACAGGCAUCGCCCAAGGCACCCAUCGAACACUUUGCCGACAAAAUCUCCAGUGUCUUUGUACCUAUCGUGAUUGCGUUGGCGAUCAUCACCUUCAUCAUUUGGGAAGUGGUGAGUGUGUAUGACUUGUACCCAGAAGAAUGGGUCGGUGAAAGCGGUGACAAGACAACUUUUGCUUUGAUGCUAGCAGUUACUGUAUUGGUCAUUGCAUGUCCAUGUGGUCUUGGUCUGGCUAGUCCAACAGCUGUUAUGGUUGGUACUGGUGUGGCAGCGCAAUACGGUGUUUUGGUCAAAGGAGGCGGGUACGCAUUGGAAAUGGCUAGUCGGAUCACGACAAUCGCUUUCGACAAGACGGGCACACUGACUUUGGGCAAGCCAGUCGUUACCAACAGUUGGACAGCGCCUGCUAUUGGAUCAUCAUCAUCAUCUACGGAAGACGAUGAGACACAACGUCAGAACGCCAUUUGGAAAGUUCUUGGUCGAGUUACGUCAGCCAGCAACCAUCCGUUAUCCAAAGCUAUUGAGAAGCGGGCCAAAAUCAACCUUGGUGCACGAGGAGAUGAAGCUGACGACGAUAGUGAAAGCAACUGCAGCAGCAGCGACGAACAAGCCCACACCGGAAGGGAUUUUUUCGAAGGUGUUGCAUUAAAGAACGCCAAGGAAGUAGCCGGUCGUGGUGUGAUGGCUACUAUGACGCUUUCACCUGAAAUGGCACGUCUCGUUUGGCCAAGCCGACAUGCAACCCCAGAAAACACAGAACAACAAGAACGCGCAGUUAAUGUUUUCCUCGGCAACCAAGAGUGGAUGGAUGAAAAUCGUGCACGGUACGCAAACGUACGACAAGCUCAGCAAUGUCAAGAUCAGCUUGUACAAUGGCAAAACAAGGGCCAGUCAAUUGUGAUAAUGUCUAUUUCUCCAGUUACAAGUCCAGGCGAGGAGAAACUCCAUACGGAUGGAUGCAACAACGAUUGUGCGUGCACAGUAUGUCGAUGCAGCACAGGCUCGGUCUGCUGCAGUACUUCUCGUACAAUGAUGAUGGCUCAGGUAGCUGUAGCUGAUGUUGUUCGACCCGAGGCUAAGGAUGUAGUCCAGCAACUUCGCAAGCAAGGACUUGAAGUAUGGAUGAUUACCGGCGACAACGAGCGCACAGGCCGUGUGAUUGCUGAUCAACUGUCCAUCGACAGCGAUUGUGUUUUGGCUGGUGUAAAGCCCGAGCAGAAGGCAGACAAAAUUCGUAAUUUGCAGCGACGUGGUGGCCUUGAACGACGAAACCGACUGAAAUUUUGGAAGCAGCAUGCCUCUACUUUGGUACAGCCUGUAGUGGCCAUGGUUGGUGAUGGUAUCAACGACUCGCCAUCGUUGGCACAGGCCGAUGUGGGUAUUUCGGUUGGAUCGGCUACGGAUGUUGCCAUGGAAGCUGCUAGCAUUGUCCUCAUUCGAAACAACCUGUGGGAUCUAUUGAUCAUGCACGAUAUUUCGCGUGCUGUCGUGCGCCGUAUUCGCAUCAACUUCUUAUGGGCUUUCAUCUACAAUGUGGUCGCGAUUCCGAUUGCAGCAGGUAUCUUAUAUCCAGGCACAGGACACGGUCUCCCUCCGUAUAUCGCUGGGAUUGCCAUGGUAGCUUCCAGCAUCAGCGUCGUUUGCUCGAGUCUAAUGCUUCGAUUCUAUAAAGCACCAAAGAAGUUCCUAAAACAGUGA